ACUUUUUGAUGAGACUCCGCCCCAGGCUCAAGGUCUUAUCGAUAGAAUGUCACGCAGAUCCCCGAUCUUUUAGCGUCUGCUGCGCCCCGCUUGGCUCUCGGGUUUCGUAUCGUGAAAUGACGAUCCGGGGCGCCUGAAUAGUGAGCACAGCACUAGUCAGAGGGGUAUACUGCGAAACGUCCGAUCGUUCGCUGUGCGAAAUAACACGCGCCCACGAUGUAUCGCGUGCAGUGCUCCAACGAUGGCGACUAAUUUCCACGCUCUCCGUCGAGACUUCGACCCUGAUGAUGAUGCGCGUACGAGCGUCGAAAUGCUCCACACUGGGCUGCAACGCGACACCGAGUCCAUCUCAUCGCGCCAAUGGACACGAAAGGAUGAUCGCGAACAAACCUUCGCGCAGAACUGGUCUGCAUUCCCUUGGAGGACUUUCUUUAUCGUCUUGACGCUACCGCUCGCACUGGCUCCCAUCGUUACUCUCGCUGCCGCAGCUGAGACGGCAUCACGGAACUACAUCCAGGGACGCGACUGUUACCCCAAUGGCUCGUGGAAAGAAGCGGACGGUGCGACGUGGAGGAUCAUGGAUUCCUCGUACUUCUUCACGCCAAAUCUUAGCUUUGGAGCAUUUUCUUUCACCCAAGUCAAAGUCAUCGACAUCGCGUGGGACCUGAUCAUUGGGCGAGGCGGGCAGAUGCUCCUAGCCUAUGUCAAUUAUCGCGUGUUCAAUGAGUGGCUAGUGUACCACAUGGAGUUACAUCUUACGUCUUAUAAAAUGUAUGCAGCCGUUGCGUUUGAGACGACGACGAUGAGGACAUUGGGUGUGCUGGGUAAGGAGUUUCUUGCUUUUGGGAAAGGGACGUGGAGGCGGUUCUUCCGCUGGCUCGCGAUGCUCAGCAUGAUCAUUUCAACGAUCUAUGUGCUUUCUUUCCCCACGUUGAUGGCCGCACUUACCGGUUACAUUACGACGAAUGAGCCGUAUCUUCAGAAUUACGAACGCAAUCUCAUUGAGUGGAGCCAAAUAGAGAGAGUUGUGUAUGUCAUUAACGACGCUGGACGGAUCGGCUUUGACAAGCCACUCGUUGUCACGCUGCAAGAUAGCGCGCUUGUUAACUACGUUAACAUAUACAGGCAGCAAUUCGAGGGCAACAACACGAAAUAUUAUGACAUGCCUGGGGUUCGACCUGGCGUAGGGACAUUUUACGCAGACAACUCCUCUACGUGGGAGUUGGAAGGCGGCCAGCCAAAUAGACUGCCAUCGCCGAGUCUCAAUAUAACUCUGUUCGAGGUUGACGGCGAAGUGAGAAUUCCUCCAGAGCAAGUACGUCAUCAGUAUGCCUUUGCUAUCAACGGCCGUCAGGGCGACCUCUACAACGCGACAUACCUACAGCAAAAUGGCUCUUGCAAGCCAAGCGAUACAUACCAAUGGGGCUUCUCUUACAUCUUCCUGUUUAUGGUCUCGAUCUUCAACUUUGUGUGGUCAUGUAUCAUGGUGGGCAUGUGGCUUGACACAUGUCGCGGAUCUAGGAUGUACAAGAGUGGCCGCAGACCUGGGCUUCUUCGCAGCAUUAUGGAUUAUUCGGCUGCAGUUAGGGAGGAAUUGGGUACAGAGGUAGAGUAUCUGGAAGAAGAGGAGUUGAGGCAACGGUUGAGGGAUAGUGGAGGUGCGUUGCUGGUGCCAAAGACCGAACUUAGGGUUGCGAGAGCGAGUACGGGGCAGGAUGGGGGAAGGCAGAGGAGCUGGAAGAGAAGUUUGACGAAAGGGAGUACGUUCUGAGCAGCUUAAUGGAUGUGGUUGAGUGCAUACUACCCCAAGCUGUUUGAUGCUCCAUGUGGCAUACAUACUCAUAACACACCUUUUCCAUACACCUGCC